AUGAAGUCUAUCCUGGUCACCGGCGCAACAGGCAAACAGGGUGGCGCCGUCAUCAACGCCCUCCUAGCCGAAGACGCCGACAUCGAGAUCCUGGCAGUCACCCGCAAUCCACAAUCCAGCUCCGCCAAAAAACUAGGCGACAAAUCCCCCAAGAUCAAACUCGUACAGGGCGACCUCGACGACCCAGCGGGAAUCUUCAAAAAUGCCCACCAAGUAUCGUCCGAGCCAGUCUGGGGCGUCUUCAGCGUGCAGAUACCCAUGGGCCAAGGCCAAACCGUCGAAAAGGAAGAACGCCAAGGCAAGGCACUAAUCGACGAGGCCCUAGCCCAACAGGUCCAGCACUUCGUGUACUCCUCCGUCGACCGCGGCGGGGACGCAUCCACCGACAACGCGACCAACAUCCCGCACUUCAUCAGCAAGCACCGCAUCGAGCAGCAUCUGUUCGAGCGGACGCGGGACGCAAACAUGUCCUGGACGGUGCUGAGGCCGGUGUUCUUCUUCGACAACAUCGCCCCGGACUUUAUGGGGCGGUUUGUCCUGACGGCGUGGGACACGUACCUGCAGGGGAAGCCGCUGCAGUGUAUCGCCGUCAGCGACAUCGGGUAUUUUGCUGCGCAGGCGUUUCUCAACCCGGCUGAGUACCGGAAUCGGUGCCUGUCGUUGGCGGGGGAUGUGCUUACGUAUGAGCAUAUGCAGGAGACGAUGCGGCGGAGGACGGGGCGGGAGGCGCCGACGACGUUCCGGGUGGUUUGCUACGUUGUGAUGUGGAUGGUUAGGGAGAUGAGGGUCAUGUUUGAGUGGCUCUAUGCGCAUGGCUACCGGGCUGAUAUUGCAAAGUUGAGGGAGAUGCAUCCGGGUUUGAAGGAUUUCGUAAAGUGGUUGGAGGAAGAUAGUCAGUUUGUUAAGCGUAGUUCCUAG